GAAAAGACGAGAUUUAUAUUCAACGCAAACGUUAUUAACCGUCAUUUCAUUUUAUGUAAACGAACACGCGUAGCUCGCAUUCACAUUUGAAGACCAUAAUUAACUUCUAGAAAAAUAAACGACAUUGAUUUUGUUCAUUUUCAAUUAAGAAUUAUCUGAAGAGAUGUUUAUGGCCGACAGCGCCUGAGGUGUUCCGAGCGCGACCUUAGUUUUCGGCGAUAACGGAUCGGAUGGAUUGAUGCAGGGGCUAUUGCAACUUCCGCGGAGAAAACCCAGAUGAAAACAACUAGGAUCUGUAUCUUCUCAAUAUAAUUUAAAGGGUUUUAAUAGUCGGCACUCAUGGCAAAUUUACAAGUGCUUACGAUAACGUGAUUGAAUGUCCAAGGGUUUAUUGAUCAUUAAAGCUGCAAGUCAAACAGAUGUCCAAUUAGUCGACUCCGAUUGAGAGUAAUCUUGUAUAGGCGGGGCCUGUCCCAGACUAUCAGAAUUGGGCACACUCCUCGAUCGCGUUUAAGGGCCAUUGAAUGAAGUUAUUAUUGGACAAUUAUGAUAGAAAUUGUCGGAGUCCGUUAUUCGUCCGCUAAGAAGUUUAAAGGGUUAUUUGAUUGUGUCUACCAAUUUAGCAAUCUCGGAAACUUUGCCCUCUAAACACCACAGGAUAGUGAGAGAAUAUGGAUCUUGUCAUUGGAAAAAAUGAAAAUCACAGAGAACCUACCACAAUGAAAACUGAAGUCAAAGUCCGAGAUCUUGUGGAACAGGAAGUGUCUGAAAAUGACAACCAGGAAGUUUCAAGCAUGGAAAACCAGGAUGCUGAGGACAAGAAGGAUGAGGAAUGUAAGGUUAUUAAUGAGGACAAAAUACCAACAAAACCAUUGAGAUUUGGAAUAGAAAACAUUUUGCAACAAGGAAGCAAAACUGUAAAAACAGAGGAGAACAUCAAAGAAUCAGUGACUGUUGGACUUUCUUCGUUAAACGGAUAUUACAAUCAGCUGUUUUCGUUGCAGAGAAGCAACAUCAGCACGUGUUAUCCUUACUGUCAAGAAUUAAUUUUUCCGGGUAAAGAUUCCGGAAACGAGAAAUCUCAAUACAACAUUACAAGAAGAGUUGGCCAUCCAUAUCAAAACAGGACUCCACCUAAAAGAAAGAAACCAAGGACGUCAUUUUCUCGGAUGACCAUUAUAGAGUUAGAAAAGCGGUUUGAUAGACAAAAAUACUUGGCGUCUUCCGAAAGGACAACUCUCGCCAAGACUCUUAAAAUCUCGGAUUCACAGGUGAAGACGUGGUUUCAGAACCGUCGAACAAAAUGGAGGAGACAAGCGGCAGAAGAAAAAGAAAUCGAGCGUCAAGCUGCCAGUCGCAUGCUGGCGACAAUGAACAACUUCAGUCUGCCAAAAACGUUUAUGUUCUCAGAGAAACGCUGAGCAAAGCCUUAUAAUCAUUGAAGAUAAUAUUUAAACAAUCCAUGAAUAACAGUUUUCCCUUCAUGUUUGUAUUUUGGGAAUCAGUGAGGAGAACUUUGCCUUAUAUAACUUUCUUAUAAAAAUCCGAAGAUUUUACAAAACUUUUGGUUUCUUUAACAACCAUGAUCUUCAUGACAUCCGUCAUCAUGGUCAUAUAAGACAGUUUUAUAAUCUGAGAAAUACUGUGGAAACUGAACUACCAAGAUGUGAUAUGAGAAAAUAAAUACAAGACAUGUAUACUUUUAAUUCAUUUUGCUCAGCAUACAUAUACUAUAUUCAAAAUAAGGAAUUUUUAGGAAUAUUUUCAACAAUGUCACUUUUUAAUUGCGAUCAUUAGACCAAGUACAAUGUGUAGAUACAAAUGUAUAGAUCGUUACAAAAUUAUACCUAUGUGUUGCACAAUUUCAGUUAGUUGUACAUGUACAUCAAUCAGUAUUAACUAAGAGCAGUAUUAUAGUGUGAUAUGGAAGCAAUAAAGCUUUGUCAAUGUGAAGAUAUGUAUAACUAUUUCAAUAUAUAUAAUGCAGCGUAUAUUUAGUGUAUUUCCCCCAUGUUCAUGCCCAU